CUGAAUUAAGCAGAGAAUAGGAAAAGCCUACCUUAGAUUUUCUGUUGCAAGGGAAGAGAGACUGACUAAGAAAAUAUGUUUGGGGAGAUGUCGCAUGAGGUGGAGGUUCAAGUGCCGGCCUCCGAGGCCUGGGACCUCUUCGGCACUCUCCGCAUAGGAAAGCUCGUCGCCAACCUCAAGCAGCUGCUUCACGGUGUCGAACUCGUCCAUGGCGACGGUGGAGUGGGCACCAUCUUUGAGCUGACCUUCGCUCCCGGAGUUUCGGCAUUAACAUCUUACAAGGAGAAGUACACCAAGGUCGACAAUGAGAAUCGAGUCAAGGAGGCGGAAGUGAUCGAAGGAGGGUUCCUGGACUUGGGAUUCACCCUGUACCUGGUCCGCUUCCAGGUCUUCGAGAAAGGUCAGUCCUCCUGCUCCGUCAAAUCCACUAUCGAGUAUGAACUCCCCGACGAGCUGGCUGCUAGUGCCUCUCUGGUCAGCAUUGAACCGUUCGUGAUGGUCCUAGAUCUCGCCAAGGAACAUCUCCUGAGCCUCCAUGGCAACAACAAGGCCGGGCCAGUCAGUUAACUCAGCUCGUUGUCACACGGUGCAUCAAUCGAUGAGUUCCCAUAACUGAGACCUAUUAUAAUGAAUCGCUGGUACCUUGUACUCCUUUAUCUCCCACAAUAACAUUAAUUAACGCAUCUCCUAUCUAUGAACAAUAUUACCGUGCAUAUAA